AUGAUACAACAAGAGAUCCCAAAUGCCUUCUUAUUGCUAAUUAAGGAGCUAAGAAAAGGUCGUGCAUUUGAUGGAUGGUCGGAGGGUAUUUUGGACUUUGCACCAACUUACAAAUACGAGCAAAAUUCAGAGAGAUAUUAUGGGGAGGAUCCGAAAGUUGGGAUGAGAACUCCGGCAUGGUGUGACAGAAUCCUUUCAUAUGGGAAAGGAAUCAGGCAGAUGAGUUACAGAAGAACUGAAUUUAUGCUCUCUGAUCAUAGGCCUGUGUUUGCAUGUUAUAUGAUAGAGGUGGAAGUUUUCUCUCCAAGGAGAUUACAAAAAGCGCUUACUUUCACUGAUGCCGAGAUUGAGAAUGAUGGAAUUGUGGCCGGAAUGGGAAUUGAUCGUGGAAUCAACCACUUAAGAUUAAAAGAAGUUAGUCAUCUAAGGGCAUGUUUGGUUCGUGGAUUCUGA